AUGGCUCCCACUUCCUCCAUUUCCCCUAUCUCCCGUCCAGUCGCAAAGCGCCCUCGGGGUGCUACUCCCAUCCCCAAAAAGCCGUCCAAAGGGAAAGAGCGAGCCAUUCGUGGCUCCCUCCCCCCCAGGCCAUCCGCAAGCUCGGGUCUUUCAGCCCCCUCCAUCUCUGGGGCCCCUGGCACACCUGCUGCCAGGCACACACCCAUCUCCCCUCCUUCUUCUCCUGCCGCCAAGCGUUUCUCGCCCGCUUCCUCCCCUGUCUCACGCACCUCGUGCCCCCCUCCUCACAUGUUCACCGAGGAGGAGGUGGCCACCGCAGCCUCCAGGGCUGCUGACGAGGCUCUCGCUAGGUACGCCCAGUCCAUCCACGGGCACGCUUUGGCGGCCCCUUUCGUAUUGCAGCCUCCACCUGGAAGCCUCUCUCACCAAGGUAAGCACAUCUCUCCCCCUGUCCCCCUCACUUUCGCGUGUGGCUUUUUUCGGUCCUGUGCUUUCGCACGUCCUUUCUGCCAUUCGACCAUUUUUCGCACUUCUGCGCCCUGUUUCUUCCAGUUGCUUACUGCCUUCGCAGACAACUACUUGCGCGAUUUCCCGCCUCUCCUUCCAUAUGCACUUGCCCAGAGUCGUGCUUCCCGCGCUCUGCAGUCCCACCGAGCACCUGUUCACGGUGCCCUCCUCAAUCCUCGUGCCGUGGGCCACCAGGCCAAGCACAUCAAGAUCAUGGAAUCAGGCUGGCGCAUGUACUUCCCCUUAUUUGAACUCUGCCCAUCCUUUGUCCCUUCAGUCAAGCGCUCUGAUGCCGAUAUUCGUGCCCUGGAGCACAGCCUGUCUUUCACUAAUUUUCGUGAAGCAUUGUGCAACCUCGUUCAGCUCAUCUCCUCGUACCUCGCCUCUCCUGACCGCAAAGCUAUUGCGCAUUCGUGGCAGUUACACUACGACAUGAUUUUUGACCAGCCAGACAUAUACUCGGCUUUCGCCACCUACCUCGUCUAUGAUGAGAUGCUCCGCAUGGCAUUUCCCAAACGUUCUGGGGAUUUUGACCCCAGCGUUUUCCAGGUCCAUGUCUGGCAAUCAAUUGUUGACCAGCAACGCGAAGACCGCAUGGCAAAGUUUGAUGUCAUGAUGGAUCACAUGAGGGCGGGCACAUCUUCCACUAGCACCCCUUCUCUGGCACCUCAUCGUGCCCCCACUCCCUCGUCAUCUGCUUCAUCUGGUAAACAUCCCCAUGCUGCCCAAUCUUCCUUUCGGAAAGAGGCACCCCCCGACUCUGCGGAGAAGCUCCCCUCCUCUUCCUUUCGCAUCACCUCCGCAUGCUGGUUCUGCGGAGAGCUCCACCGUCCCAAGGAUUGCCCAUCCGUUGACAACGGGUGGCUCGUCAAAGAUGCCCAGGGCCUCUAG